UCCAUGUUGCCUAUUCAGUCUGCCGAUAGUGGAAGGUCGUCCCUCUUGAUCACUAGCCGUGUCGAGAAAGGAGUUUAACUUGUCAAAUGCAGACGGUCAACAUUUACGUAGAAAAAAGUCGGAAGAACCUCGCAUAUUAAAGAAUUAAUAUCCAACAUAUUCCACGAAGACUCAGCGAGUCCCACUGUUGUCACAGACCACAAAGUCCUGUAUUUUUCAGAAACAGUUCGUUCGAAGGCUGAACCGAUCACGCCGUUUCUCUUUUUUUCUUUGGUGGAAGUGAGGUCAGGUUCCUCCUGCAUCUUAACUGAAUCUGUGCAUCCAGAGCACUUCCCAACCGCCGAAGAUCAAGGUGUGUAAAGGUCCGGGAUGUCAUCCAAAAUGCAGAGUUCAAACAACAUCGCCCAGGCUAGGAGGACUGUACAACAGCUGAGAAUAGAGGCCAACUUCGAGAGGAUAAAGGUGUCGAAGGCCUCUGCAGAUCUCAUGCACUACUGUGGAGAGCAUGCCAAGUACGACCCUCUUCUCAUGGGAAUCCCAGCCUCAGAAAACCCCUUCAAGGACAAGAAGCCCUGCACCAUAUUGUAGCCUGGAGCCACUGCAUCGUCUUAAAGUUUUUGUUUUUUUUCCAUUUAAUUUCUUUUUAAAAAUAUGACGGAUACAUUCAAUUUUUUUUUUUUUUUUUUAAAGUUAAUAUACUACUACUUAUUUGGAAGUGGCAUCUAACUGUCAGUUGGAAGGUUUCCCAGAACUGUGUUCAUCUUAUCAGGCACAAACAGUUGUGUUUUUAUCAUUCCUCCCACCACCACAGUACCACCCUUUCUUUUUUGUUUGUCAUGUCUGAUUUGCAGCCCCCCCCCCCCUACACACACACACACAUUCAUUUGAUUCAGCAUUUGAUCAGUAAGACACAGUGUCUUUCUCCUGUGUGACCGCACUAGACAAAGUCCUAAUUGACGCUGUUGUUAACACUGGCAGUCAAAGAGUAAGAGUCAAGGAAGGAGAAAGAGAAUGAGAGAAGGGCAGGAUUAGGACAAAGGUCAUGUGCAUUCAGCCACUUGUGUGUGCGUGUGUGUGUUGAGGGGGGUAAUCAGCUGCCUCUUGUGGCGUCACAGUGACGUCCUUCACCUUAUAGCAGGCAGGACCUUCUGUUUUUUUACUCCUGGGGGGGAGGCUCAAUCUCUAAACAAAACAAAAGCCUGUGUCAUUCCUCAGAGUCAAUCAGAGGCUGCCGUGCCAGUUUUACUACCUUUUGAGCGUCUUAACCCACUCGAUUCUCUCGCAAGACGUCAUGGGGAAGAUUGAGUGAUCUAAUCAAACAGGAACAGCAAAACAAUUUGGGGGAAAGAGAAAGGAAAGGGAGGCAGUCUCUUUCAACUUUACUGGCUCAGCCACAGUGUCGUCAUUCGGGCUUUUGUGCUUUGGUGUGUCGCACAAUAUUUUUCCAUGUCAGGUGUCUUAACUGUUUUUAUUUCGUCAGCGGUCCUUCACCUGAAUACCGGUACGCUGUUAUACAUACGCGAGUAGACCUCAGUCAUGUUUGCCACUGAUGUGUCUUAUAUAAUGCCCCGCUUUUUACAAAAAUGUCCAGCUGUAUUGAUUUAUGGUUUGCAAAUACAUGUCAACAUUCUUGAUUACAACACCAAUUCCUUUCGCCAACACCUAUAACACCUGUCCCAAAAAUCACAUUCUGUAUGAAAAUGGUACUAGAAAUUAAUUGAAAAAAUAUAUAUAUGUAAUGUUCUAGCGUACACUCUGAAUUGACACGGAUCUGGGCUCUUAUAGCAAUUUGGACUAGAAUAGAUUUGGCCAGGCUUGGCACGGAUCAGCAGGAUCCAGUCCAGAUAUGGGCCAGUUCAGAAGUAAUUAUAGCCAUCACCAGGAGGGGUUGGCUGUAGAAAAAUAAAAAAACCCAACUGUUAAACUAUAAGGUAGAGUAGCAAUAUGUUUAAUGAAGAUCAUGGUGCAUAAAUAUAUGGUAACCCUUUAAUAAUGAGUAUAUGCCUUAUGUUCAUGUAAAAUUAUUUGGAUGAUCUUGAUUUAUUGUUCUGAUUAUGUCUGUUUUGUUUUUCUUUUGUUUGCUUUUGGAGAAUGAAAAUGAGAUGUUUUAAUGUGUCUGUGCCAUCACAUCCACAUUUUUACCAGCAUUGUAGAUGAAUUAUGCGGCUUUUGAAUGCUUUUCUUCAUCUUUUGGUGUCCCACAGCACUGAGCAGGAAAAAAGACUUUUAAACUGACAGGGUUUUUGUGAUCACAGUGAAUGUUGUGCUGACUGUUAUUAUCUUGAAUUAUAACAUUCCAUGUUUACGACCUCUUUGUUUUUUAUGUUGCUGUUUUCCAAUACGCUCAAGAUUGCCAUGCAGUGUGUGCAUAUGCGCGUGCGUGCGUGCCUGCCUGAGUGUGUGAGAAAGUGAGAGAGAGAGAGAGAGGCACUAGGCAAGCAUGAGGAACUGUGUGUGUGUGUGUGUGUGUGUGUGUGUGUAAACGUGUGCUGCACAAACUGGCAGAGCGCUCACAAAUGAAGAGACCAGCCGGACCAGCCAAGGCCUUAAUGAAGUACUCCUGCUCUAACGUCCUUUCGCUCUCACAACCAAUCAACCGACCGACCGACUGACCACACUUUUUACAGCGAUGUCUAAACUGUGAUCCCAGCAGGGAGAUGCCUUCCCUUUCAUGGGGAAACUUCACUGUGCACAGAGGUCUUUGUACUCCCUGUGUCUGGCCUGUCACUGUGGAAAUGUGGGUGUUACGUGACUGGACAGUUCUAGAGCUUGAGCAGUUUUGACCACUAAAGGAGCCUUGCUGCCAGGCACUACAAUCCAACAAGCGACUGUUCUAUUAUGUUCUGUAAAGUUAUCUAUUGUAGUCCCAUGUGUCUUUUAAAGUGUUUCCUCCCUUAUCUCCUUUGUGUCAUUUUAGAAAUGAUUUUCAGAUGUUUCAGCUAAUCUAUAUUAACACCCCCACCCCCCCACUAAGUGUCUGCUCCUUUAAAGAUGUGUUUAUUCUAUAAGAGGAAAAAGGUCUUAAAUGACUUUCAUUGCCUGUACCGCUUUGCCUUUGUCAUUUUAGAACGGAGUCGUGUCGUGUGUUGACCAUGAAGCUAGUUUUUUUUUAAUUUUCUUCCAGCUCCAACUUGUAGACUUGUUAUCUUCUCCUCAUUUCCCUGUGGUGUAAUGCCAGACCCGUCUGUCUCUCUGGUGCUGUAAAAGUGGUCAGCACCCUUAACCCCAGCCUAAAGUGAAAAUAUAAUUUUAUCAUCAGCUUGA